UUCUCUCUCUACUUUCUCUCUCCUCCGUCCCACCAUUUAUAUGCUCCCCCCAGCUUCGCCCUCUUCGCACACAACGCAAAGCGCGAGUUCCUUCACUCCUUCCUUCCUUCGAUAAGCCUCACGCAAUCGAUCCCAUCGAUCUCACAAACCCAAGAGAGAGACCCGACAUCAUGCAGCAAGCGAUCCCUUACGAGCCGUCGCUCUUCCCCGUCCGCGCCGGCGGCGGCCCGCCGAGGAGCCGCCGCCGCCGCGCGCUCCUGCUGAACCCGAGCGUCGUGGCCGGCGGCGAGCAGCAGCGGCCGGCGCGGCGGGGGGAAGACGCGGAGGAGGAGGAGGAGGAGGAGGCGGAGCAGGAGGAGCUGGCGGCGGGCGUCCGCGAGAGUACGCGCCGAGCGGUGGCGGAGAGCGCGGUGGUGGUGUUCGGGAAGCGGGGCUGCUGCAUGAGCCACGUGGUGAACCGGCUGCUGCAGGGGCACGGGGCGAACCCGGCGGUCCGGGAGUUCGGCGACGAGGAGGAGGCCGCGGUCGUGGGGGAGCUGGAGACGAUCUCCGGCGGCGGGAGAGGGGUCGUUCAGUUCCCGGCGGUGUUCGUCGGGGGGAAGCUGUUCGGGGGGCUGGACCGGGUGAUGACGGCGCACAUCACGGGGGAGCUGGUGCCGGCCCUGAAGGAUGCCGGAGCUCUUUGGCUCUGAUGGGGUCCCUGCCCGACGGAAAAGAAUUUAAUUGCUUCAUUUUUUCCAUUUCUUUUUCUGCUUCUUUUUGCUUAUAUAGAAGGGAAAAAUUUGUGUUCCUCCUGGUUCAGGAGCAGUUGCAUAGAAGGGAAGGCAAUUCAGGAUCUUCAUCUUCUUCUUCUCCUCCUCCUCCUUCUCUUCUUGAAUUUAGAAUUACUGUGGAAAGCAAAUCAGUCAGGAACAAGGUAGUUUCAGACA